UAUGUGCUCUAUUUCAUGAAGUCGAGUCGACAAUGUCGAGUUUUCGUAGUUUGUUCGGAAAAAAGUAUUCAUUAAUAGCAAUGGUUCAUGUUGAUUCUUUACCAGGAACACCACGACAUCGAUUAUCCAUACAAAAACUAGUAGAGAAGGCUUGCAAAGAAACUGAGGUUUAUAUCCGCAAUGGCGUUGAUGGAAUUCUCAUCGAGAACAUGCACGAUGUCCCAUAUAUUCAAAGAAAGGAUUUCCAACCGGAGACAGUAGCAUGUUUGAGCCGCGUUUGCACGGAAAUAAAGAAAAUCAUUCCACAUAAUUUACCUUGUGGUAUACAAGUUUUAGCGGGAGGAAAUAAAGAAGCCCUCGCCAUUGCAAAAGCAUGUUCGAUGAAUUUUAUCAGAGCAGAAGGCUUUGUAUUUGGUCAUAUAGCCGAUGAGGGAUACAUUGAUGCAAAUGCAGGGGAAGUUAUGAGGUAUAGAAAAUAUAUUGAGGCUGAAGAUGUCCAAGUAUUCACCGAUAUUAAAAAGAAGCAUAGUUCACAUGCUGUAACUGCUGACGUUUCCCUUGUCGAAACAGCUAAAGCAGCUGAAUUUUUUCUUUCCGAUGGGGUAAUUUUGACAGGCUCCUCAACUGGAUCCCCAGCUGAUACAAAUGAUUUACAAGAAUUAAGACGGCACCUCAACUUACCCAUUUUAGUAGGAUCUGGAGUGACUGCUACUAAUUUGAAAUCUUAUAAAGAAGCCGAUGCUUUUAUAGUUGGUUCUCAUUUUAAGAGAGAUGGUAUAUGGUACAAUGAAUUACAUGAGGAGAGAAUAAAGAGGUUCAUGGAGGAAUCUUCGAAAUUGUGAAAGUUUUUCAGGUUGGAAUGAUUCAAAUAUAGCGACCAGAAGGGGAUACCGAAAAUUUUAUUCAAAUUCCAAGAAAUUUAUCGUAUCUAAUUCACAUUUUUGCAUUUAAGACAACGACAAUACUCCUUCUAGAACUCAAUGUUAAUAUGAGAUAAUAGAGCAGUAUCAGCUGAUUCUACAAAAUAGCUGCUAAGGGUACAUACGAUCCUUUACAAGACUGGAAUAGGCUUCUGAUCAGUGUAACUAGACUAAUUAAUAUGCUGUGCUUAGCUUCAUUUGAACCCAAAGCAGCAGAUCGCCAGCAUAUGCUAAAUUGAUUUUCAUUCUCAAAAAUGCCAACCAAUGUUAUCCAAUAAAAAAAUUGAGAGCUAACCAAAAUAGAGUAGUAUAUCAGUCUUCUGUUAUAUAUUCAAGGCUAGACUGCGACAAUUCUUUCUAAUCAAAAUACCCAAAAUUAUUAAAGUCAUAAAGUACUAUACAUAAAUACAGAGCAAUUAGCCAAUUGAAUCAAAAAAACCUUUGUUCUUAAUUAGUAAAAGUAUUAUAGAAUUAUAUUGAAAUUCAAAUCUGAAUACUUAUCAGAAAGUGAGCUAAUAAAAAAAUCUUUUUCUUUC